GGCAACCUGGACAUCACCGUGAGCGAGUCAGAUUUACGCCGGGCUUUUGACCGUUUUGGGGUCAUCACUGAGGUGGACAUCAAAAGGCCGGGGCGUGGGCAGACCAGCACCUAUGGUUUUCUUAAAUUUGAAAAUCUGGACAUGGCACAUCGGGCCAAGUUGGCCAUGUCAGGAAAGGUGCUUCUGCGCAACCCCAUCAAGAUUGGGUAUGGUAAAGCCACUCCGACUACCAGGCUCUGGGUGGGUGGCCUUGGGCCCUGGGUGCCCCUCGCUGCCCUGGCCAGGGAGUUUGAUCGUUACGAGCUCGUGGCGGAGGCGGCUGCUUUUGGGGCUCACCGGGGAGCCCCACCUGAUCCUCUUCGGGGGGCCCGGGACAGGACGCCACCGUUACUCUAUAGAGACCGUGACAGAGACCUUUAUCCUGAGACAGAGUGGGUGCCCCCCCCACCCCCUGUACGGGAUAGGAGUAAUCGGGCAGCUGCCUAUGACCCACUGGAAAGCCUUGAGCGCCGCCGGGAUGGUUGGUCCUUGGAGCGGGACCGAGGGGAGAGGGAAUUGGGCAGUAGUAGUAGGGAUCAGCCUAGGAAACGGAGACUGGCGGAGGAUGGAGGCCGGCACUUGGACCGUUCUCCAGAUAGCGAACGCUCUUCUUCCUCCCGGAAGCGUCACUGUUUAGCCACAACCUCUCCACCGGACCGCAGCCCCGAGCUUCUUGGAGGGAGGGAGCGUUACAGUAGUGACCCCGAGCGCUCGUCCUCCCGUUUGCUCCUGUUGGAGCGGCCUUCGCCUGUCCGGGAAUCGCGCAGGGGCAGCCUGGAACGGGGCCAGAACGAAAAGCGCGACCGCAAGAAUUCUGCUGAACGGGAGCGGAAACAUCGCGCUUCUGCGGCAACCGCCGUGCAGGAGUGCAAAAGUCCAGCCAAAAAGGAUGAACGUGCUACGGAAGGAGGUGGUGGAGUCUCCCGCCUCAAACCUCCUCCUCAGAAACAGCAGCAGGACGGAGCGUCGCAGGCCGGGGGAGCCCCCAAGCUGUGCUUGGCUUGGCAGGGGAUGCUUCUGCUGAAGAACAGCAACUUCCCGUCCAAUAUGCAUCUGCUUCAGGGGGACCUCGGUGUUGCCAGCAGUCUCCUCGUGGAGGGAGCGACUGGUGGGAAAGUAGCUCAGCUCAAGAUCACCCAACGUCUUCGUCUGGACCAGCCCAAGCUGGACGAGGUCAAUCGUCGCAUCAAAGUGGCGGGUCCCAACGGCUACGCCAUCCUUUUGGCCGUGCCUGGCGCAUCGGACGGCCGCUCCGCAGCUGGAGCUGCCGAGGCCACCACCACCUCCACCCAGAGGCCACUCAGGAAUCUGGUGUCCUAUCUAAAGCAAAAGCAGGCUGCUGGGGUGAUCAGCCUCCCUGUGGGGGGUAACAAAGACAAGGAGAACAGCGGGGUCCUGCACGCCUUUCCACCCUGCGAUUUCUCCCAGCAGUUUCUUGACUCCACAGCCAAGGCGUUGGCCAAAUCAGAGGAUGACUAUCUGGUCAUGAUCAUUGUCCGUGGGGCGUCCUAAGGCCCCUCGUGUUCUCUGUACCCAACCCUGCCUACUCCUCCACACAGCCCCUCCAGUGUGUGCCAGGUGCUACAGGAUACAGCCUUAGCCAGCCCUGUCAUUAUUUUAAAUUAGAUCUUUGUAGGUGACUUUCCCUGCCCGUUUUUCUGUUACUACAUUUUUCUAUAAAGUUAGAAGCCAGAAAGGUUGGUUAGCCGUUAGUGUGAAUAGGAUAUUUUGAGAAUCCCCUGUCAGUGGGGAUAGCAGGGAGGCUAGGCCUGCUUUGAUUUACAAAAAAA